UGCUUUUUGCCAGUCAAGUUUCGGCCAGAUUCCCAGUUACAGUUUGCCAAGUGUUUGCGUCCCGUUCGGUUGAGUUACAGUUACAACAGUUACAACAGUUUACAGUUCAAGUUACGCGUGUGUACAAACGAGUUUUAGGAGAAAAUGUCGCUUAAUCCCAACGGGUAUAAACUCUCCGAUAGGACGGGUAAACUAACGGCAUAUGAUCUCAUGCCAACGACAGUGAGUGCAGGACCUGAGACACGUGAGUUUCUGCUGAAAGUUAUCGAUGUGCUGUUGGACUUUGUGAAGGCAACAAACGAUCGAAAUGAGAAGGUGCUGGACUUUCAUCAUCCGGAGGAUAUGAAGCGGCUUCUGGAUUUAGAUGUGCCUGAUAAGGCGUUGCCGCUGCAGCAGCUGAUCGAGGAUUGUGCCACAACGCUCAAGUAUCAAGUGAAGACGGGCCAUCCUCACUUCUUCAAUCAACUGUCGAAUGGCUUGGAUUUGAUCUCCAUGGCUGGCGAAUGGUUGACAGCGACUGCGAAUACGAACAUGUUCACAUAUGAGAUCGCUCCGGUUUUCAUACUCAUGGAAACUGUCGUGCUGACCAAGAUGCGUGAGAUCAUUGGCUGGUCAGGUGGUGAUUCAAUUUUGGCACCCGGUGGCUCCAUUUCCAAUCUGUACGCCUUCUUGGCCGCUCGCCACAAGAUGUUCCCCAACUACAAGGAGCAGGGCUCGGCAGGAUUGCCCGGCACUCUGGUCAUGUUCACGUCGGAACAAUGCCAUUAUUCGAUUAAAUCAUGUGCUGCUGUCUGCGGACUCGGCACCAAUAACUGCGUUGUGGUGCCAUCCGAUGAGCAUGGCAAGAUGAUAACCUCCGAACUGGAGCGUCUUAUUCUAGAGCGUAAGGCCAAGGGCGAUAUUCCGUUCUUCGUCAAUGCCACGGCAGGCACAACUGUCCUUGGAGCCUUUGAUGACAUCAAUUCCAUUGCGGAUAUUUGCCAGAAAUACAACUGCUGGAUGCACGUCGAUGCUGCUUGGGGCGGUGGUUUGUUGAUGUCGCGAAAACAUCGUCAUCCCAGAUUUACAGGAGUAGAACGCGCCGAUUCGAUCACCUGGAAUCCACAUAAGCUAAUGGGUGCACUACUUCAAUGCUCGACUAUUCACUUUAAAGAGGAUGGUCUGCUUAUCAGCUGCAAUCAAAUGUCUGCCGAGUAUCUGUUUAUGACCGAUAAGCAUUAUGAUAUUAGCUAUGAUACUGGCGAUAAGGUCAUUCAAUGUGGACGCCACAACGACAUCUUCAAGCUCUGGCUGCAAUGGCGCGCCAAGGGAACCGACGGAUUUGAACAGCAGCAGGAUCGUUUGAUGGAACUGGUUCAGUAUCAGGUGAAGCGUAUACGCGAGCAAUCCGAUCGAUUCUAUUUGAUCAUGGAGCCAGAGUGCGUAAAUGUUUCCUUCUGGUAUGUGCCCAAACGCUUGAGGGGCAUGCCACAUGACAGCAAGAGGGAAGUGGAACUGGGCAAGAUCUGUCCAAUUAUCAAGAACCGCAUGAUGCAGAAGGGUACUCUCAUGGUUGGCUAUCAACCAGAUGAUCGACGACCAAACUUCUUCAGGUCGAUCAUCUCAUCGGCUGCUGUUAACGAGCAGGAUGUGGACUUCAUGCUCGAUGAGAUCCAUCGGCUGGGCGAUGAUUUGUAAGCGGCUUUCGUGUUGGAUAAGGCAUCAUUUUCACCAGAGAUAAAUGUAGCUACUGUUGCGUGGUUCAUUCAACCAAGAAGUAUCUUUAAGGUAAAAAGCAUAUCAUACGAACGCAAAGAGAAAAACUUCCAACUAAUCAAAGUUCAAUGUUGCUGUAAAUUUGUUUGAAAAAGAUAUCGAAAACUUGAAAAAAAAAUUUUAAAAAUGUUAAUUAAAUAUUUCGUUUGAGUCCGUUUUCAGUUAUCUCAUUAUAAGCAUCAGGCCAGUGUUGGAAACCUAUUUAUUAACUAUGUACUCACAUACUUAUAAUCAAAGUGUUAAAAGCCAAGUUGAUUUUACGUUUCACAUUCUAUGAAUAAUUCAAAAAUGUUUAUUACGACUGUUGCACAUUAUAAACAAACAAAGUAUUAUAUAGUAAAGCCCUAUAAAUAUCUAUAUGUAUAUUUAAAAUCCCAGACAACACAACAACAACAACUACAAAAACCACCCACUAUCACCACCAGAACAACAACUACAAGCCCAAGUUUUCCAAUGGAGAAUUAUUUUGGAAUGCAAUGCAUGUUUUGAGGCUGUUGAUUGAUUGAUGAAAUAUUGAAGAAAAGAAUUGAUCAAAAUGCUAUCUUGACAUAUCAACUGAAGGAUAAAAUAUUGAAAUCAGAUAUCAAGUUGAAAUUGUUUGAAUUAUUUGAAUUAUAUGUUAAAUUCUGUUGCUGCUCUUUAAAAGUAUAUAUAAAGUUGAUCAAUGGCAAAGUUUAUGCUUCCGGCAAAAUGUACCUUUAUAUAUAUAAAUAUAUUUCAAAAGAGACCUGUGCUUGUUAAACUGUAAACACGUAUAAUCGCAAUUCAAAAAAAAAACUGAUAGAAAAACGAAAGAUCAUUAACUCUGGAUUUGUUGUAGUUGAGUUAAUGAAGGCCCAAGUAUCGAUUGUAGAGCUUGGGCCAAAACUAGUCCAAGUAUCGAACUGUGCUAUAUACAUGAAUACGUAUUAUAAAAAAAAUUAGUUGAAUUUUUAUUUCUAGACUUUGUUAAACAUUAUGAAUGUCUGAUAUACUUAUAUACUUAAACUUACGAAGUACAUAUAUUCGGUGUCAAUUAAAUGCAAUUAAAAAUAACAUAAUUGAAAUGUUGGAAAUUAAAAAGUUUAAUUAUUUCAGUUAAUUUUUAAUUUUACUUAAAUCAGCAGUUGCGUGUUGGACAAAAAAUGAGGGAAAAUAAAUCAAAUUGAUAUCAAAAUAUGCCAA